GAGGCGUAGAGCUACCUAGCUCCUCUGGUAACUGAAGCAAGCAGCUGCAGCUCGGAGGAGAGAGACUACCAGAUACUGUCUGAAUUCUGAAGGACUCCGAAAUCUCAAGGAAGAAGGCAUUGAUUCUUGAAGUCGAGGCUAGCUACCAGUGAGAGGCAAGGCAAUGGCGUCCUCAUUGCUCCAUUGCUCUGACAAGCUUCCGUUCAUGAACGUGGAGACCAUCCUCCACAUGAAGGAAGGCCUCGGCGAGACCAGCUACGCGCAGAACUCUUCGCUUCAGAAGAGGGGCAUGGACACACUGAAGAGCCUCAUCACCCACUCCGCGACGGAUGUGUACAUCUCGCAGAUGCCGGAGAGGUUCACCGUGGCCGACCUCGGCUGCUCCUCGGGCCCGAACGCCCUGUGCCUGGUGGAGGACAUCGUCGGGAGCAUCGGCAGGGUGUGCUGCCGGUCGUCGCAGCCGCCGCCCGAGUUCUCGGUGCUCCUCAACGACCUCCCCACGAACGACUUCAACACCAUCUUCUUCAGCCUGCCGGAGUUUACCGACCGGCUGAAGGCCGCCGCCAAGACCGACGAGUGGGGCCGGCCGAUGGUGUUCCUCUCCGGCGUUCCGGGGUCCUUCUACGGGAGGCUGUUCCCCAGGAAGAGCGUGCACUUCAUCUGCUCCUGCUCCAGUCUGCACUGGCUCUCCCAGGUCCCUUCCGGACUUUUUGAUGAGAUGAACAGGCCGAUAAACAAGGGGAAGAUGUACAUAUCGAGCACGAGCCCUCUUGCCGUGACACUGGCCUACCUGAGGCAGUUCCAGAGGGACUUCAGCCUGUUCCUCAAGUCACGCGCCACCGAGGUCGUCCCCGGCGGCCGGAUGGUUCUCGCCAUGCUCGGCAGGCAGACCGAGGGCUACAACGACAGGCGGACGACCUUCCUCUGGGAGCUCCUCUCCGAGUCGUUUGCCGCGCUGGUGGCACAGGGGCUGGUUGAGCAGGAGAAGGUGGACGCCUACAACGUGCCGUUCUACGCGCCGUCGAUACAGGAGGUCGAGGAGGAGGUGCGCCGUGAGGGGUCGUUCCGGCUGGACUACGUGCAGACGUACGAGAUCAACCUGAGCAGCAGCGGCGACGCCAAGGAGGACGGCCGGACGGUGUCGAUGGCGAUCAGGGCCAUCCAGGAGUCCAUGCUCAGCCACCACUUCGGGGCGGACAUCGUGGACGAGCUGUUCCACAGGUACACGGAGCUGGUCACCGAGUCCAUGGAGAGGGAGGAGGUCAAGAGCGUCCAGAUCGGGGUGGUCCUCACAAGGUUGUGACUUGUGACUACUGGUGACUCCUGUUCCGCUGUGGUGUUGGUGUUCAGUAUUGAGUAGCACGCAGUACGUAACAGAUUCAAGUGUAUCUAACUGAUAGGAUUGGGACGGUGCAAGUCAGUUAACAAAUAACUAGUGUAUUUAAAAGUCAAGGGUAAGUAUAAUUUCCUACUUGUCCUCAUCUACUCUUGAGAACAACAUAGAUAAGUAACUAAAACUGUUGUACACUUAUUCUCGAGUGAAUCUGAUGAGCAAAUCUCCAAAAGGU